AUGAAGAGUUUAACUUUACUUUCACAAUUCACUGCCUCUUUUGGCAGUUCUAAUCCUAGAUUAAAAAGAACUCGACAUACAGUUAAUCCGGAAAAUGGUGACAUUUAUUUCGUUCGCUUUUCAGAGUCUCAGGUCGAACUUGUUAAAUGUUCUUUAGUACAGACUCGGAAUUUUGAAGUUUCUUCUAUUAUAUUCUUCCCAAAUAACGGCUCUUCUAAUGAUCUGGAUGAGAUCGUUAAAGAACUAAAGUUUUUGGUGGAUAUUCAAUCGAUAUGCAUAGCUUUUGGUAAUGGUGAUAUAGUUCUUGUCCAUUUAGAUGCGGCGCAAGAUUGUGAAGAGAUG